AUUCUGGCUCCCACUGUUCAGCUUGCAAUUUUAUUUUCGCACCAAUUGAGCGCGGAAGCAAACCCGCGAAAACCAAUUCCCAAUUCAGGCAGAGGCAGCCUCGCCUCCGCCCAGAUCCGCGCUCCGGCGGCCCCCCUCGUCGUCCCUCCGCCCAUCGCUCUCCCGCCCCAGGCCGCCGCUCAGUGCCCCUCCGCCCUGUGCCCCCUGUGCCGCCCGCCGGCCCCACUUCUUCGUCGCCCGCCGCCGCCGUCGAUUAACCCCUCCCUCCUGGCGCCCGUUGCAAGGAAUAAGAGUAAGCAGCAGUGAUCCUGUCUGCUUGGUGAGAUGCCUGGUUAUUACGACAUUGAUGACAUCCUCAUGGAGGAGGAGCUUAUUUCUGUUGUUUUUCAAGUAACUGCAAAUGGCGUCGGCCUGCUAGAUCCUGGCGCCGAAAGUAACUGUGUAGAGAAAGGUGCUAAGGUGGACCUCCCAUUUUGGCUUGCGCAUGGGCUGCUGUCUCUGGAACAAGCGGUGUCAAUAAAUCCACCUCCAUGCUUCACACAGAAAACACGGAAGGAGAUCCAAGCUGAUGCAGCCUGUGUUGAUUUGAGGGUUCGGUGCCCUUACUUUUAUGAGCUAGGAUGCAAAAUAGUCCCUUUGGUGAGUGACAAGAGCAUUGGCCUGUUCUUGCGCUAUGCAUUCACCAGUAGGUACAAAGAGGUUCUAAGCAAGUCUCACAGUUCUUCCAUGAUGACAGUGCCCAAGUUUGUCCCGCGCCUUACCAAAGAAGAAACUCGUGUGUUUGAAUCUGCUAGGGAAUCAAUGGCCGCUUUCAAGAAAUGGCGUGCUGGUGGUGUGAGGAUGCAAAAGGCUUCCAUCCUUGGCAGGAAGAGGAAGACGAAGCUGCCCGAUGGGCCUUCUUCUACUCCUUGAACCAGGUUUAAGGUCUAUGGAAUAGAGUGCUUGAGCAGUUGAGCUGAUGUAUCAUGUAUGUACACUGCUUUUAUCUGGUAGUACUGUAAGGAAAGAGAAAAGUAAAUCGCAAAUUUAGUCUGUGAUCCCACAUCAAUGUACUAUAAUCUGGUGCACCGUUUGUGCACAUCUGUGUAGUUUGACAGCAGGUCUGAUCUGUCCAUGCUUCGCAAGAAAAAUGAUUGCUGCUAAAUCAUGGUAUCCUGUUCGGAAUUCAUGUUUUUUUUGAGCAA